CAAAUUCAUUAGGUCAAGGUUCUUAGGAAGUUGGAACUUUGGCGAAGAGGCAACACAUCCGGAACAAGAUUAUGGCCAGUUUGAUGAUGAAGUUGCUAGUGAUCUUAAGCUUAAUUGCUGUUGGAUCAAUCUCAUUUUCUUUUGGAGCUGAGUUUGAAAAAUUGACUUCAAAAGAAGAAAAGAAAGGAAAAUUUGGUUAUUUGCACAGCAAAAAUCAUCCAAGGAGGACUAGAAACUCAGAUGAAAUGGAUUCAGAAUCCAUUGAAAUUGAUAAUCUUGAAGCCAUCUCACCCCAAUUUGUUGAUGGAAACUUCAGAAACAUUCACUCUCCAAGAAUAUUGACAGAGGCUGAGACCUCUGACUCUCGUCGCGCUGGUCAACCCGGUCAUUGAUUUAGGUUAAUAUAUAUGUGACCGUAGAGAAUAAGUUUUUCAAAAGUUGAUCCAUCUGUUUUUAGGUGGAAAUAAAUGUAAGAAUUAUGAA